AUUUUCUUAAUUUAUUCUUUAGUUGUACUAUACACACUUUUUAACAAUUCACCGGCGGUUACUAUUUAAUAAGCUAUUUAUAUAUUUGUCUCUUUCGUGUAAACGCAUCAUAAAAAAAUAAAAAAGUUUUUCGGUUGUAUGUGCAAAUUUUUAGUGAAGUGCUUGCUGUUGUUAUUAGAAAACUAAAUUUUUAUGUUGUUUCAAUGUUUAUAGAAUAUAAAAGAAACGUAGAAAUAACUUGAGUGUAGAAGUGUAGAAAGAGCUUUGAAUUCUUUUGAACGCUACAAUAUAUAUAAAAUUGUAACAGUGAUUAAAUUAUUGAUUUCUGGUCCUGUACUGCUGACACCUUUCGGUACCUGCAUUUUAUAAAACACUAGCCAGGAUCAGUGAAAACAAAUAUUAUUAACAAAAUCAAAAACAAAAACAAAACAGACAUUGGACUACAUAUAUGUUGGCACAUUGGUAAGGCAUCUUCUUACCAAUGUUUUCGUUAAUACAAAUGAAAUUUCGGGCACUAUUAGUUCUGUUAUCAAAGAUAUGGACGUGUAUCUGUUACAUGUUCAAUCGUCAAGUGCGUGCUUACCAACCAGUGAAGUAUGAGCUGUUUCCACUGUCUCCAGUAUCGCGGCACCGACUUAGUUUAGUCCAACGCAAAAUACUUGUGCUUGAUUUGGAUGAGACGUUAAUACACUCACAUCAUAAUGCCAUGCCCAGGAUGACUGUUAAGCCAGGUACGCCGCAUGAUUUUACAGUUAAAGUGACGAUCGAUCGAUAUCCAGUACGUUUCUUUGUGCACAAAAGACCACAUGUCGACUUUUUUUUGGAUGUUGUAUCGCAAUGGUAUGAUUUGGUGGUAUUUACCGCUAGCAUGGAAAUAUAUGGCGCUGCCGUAGCCGAAAAACUAGAUAAUGGUCGUAAUAUUUUACGAAAACGUUACUAUAGACAGCAUUGUACGCCAGAUUUUGGUUCAUACACCAAAGAUUUAUCAGCAAUAUGUAGCGACUUAAAUAGAAUUUUCAUAAUUGAUAAUUCUCCUGGUGCUUAUCGUUGCUUUCCUAACAAUGCGAUACCAAUAAAAAGUUGGUUUUCUGAUCCAAUGGAUGUUGCGUUAUUAUCACUGCUUCCUAUGCUAGAUGCGCUUAGAUUUACAAAUGAUGUGCGCUCAGUGUUAUCACGAAAUCUACAUUUACACCGUUUGUGGUAGCAGAUUUGCAAAUUGAACAUUUGGUGCUGUGACACUUGAACGAAUUUUGUUUUUUUGAUUAUUAAAUUUCUAAAUUAAAUUAAAGUUCUAAAUUUAUUUAUUACCAUUUUUGACAUGAAACCUUAAAUUUUGACUCAAGCACUGAAAAGAAGUGUUCUAUUUUUUAAAACAUCGUUAUUAUUAUGUUUUAUAAAACAAAAUCUAUAACUAUUAUAUACAUAUAAAUUUAAAAAAUUAAAUUUUAUAUACAUAAAUUGGUAGUGGUUAUUUUUUUAUACUUUCGUUG